AGAUUGGGACUACAGGGAGCUUGUAUGCGCUUGACAUUUCCUUGAACAAAGCUAGAGCUGCUUUGAGCCAGCUGGCCGUUUCAACAAUGCCUUCCGACGAGUCGGCAGAGAUUCUUCAGGAGCUUCAGGGACUGGUGCACGACGAGCUCAAGGUGCUAUCCUACAAAUGGGUGGCGCGCCAGUACUCCAUUCCCGCCAACCGGGCCAAGCGGGUGCUAUUCCAGUUCGCUGAGCAGCAGCGGGACAAGGUUCGCACAGUCUACCUGGUCUCGGGGUGGACCCAGCACGACCCGCCCAGCCAUGUGCACCAGCUCGUGGAGGCCGGUCAGCUUCAAGUGUGCCGGGAAGCCUUCGGCGAGGUCACGGGAAUGCACGUCUACAGCGUCGCACCCAACCAGGCCACAAACCCCGACAGCCUAUGGCAGCACACGCACCAGCAAUCACAGCAGCUCCUGAAGGAGAUCCUUUCGGGAGAGCCCAGCGCCAGCGCGGACGCCUUCCGUACCAACAGCUGCAGCGCGGUGCGGUUCACGGCCCAGCCAGCGGCCGGUCAGCCGCCCCGGCCAGCUGCGGCACCCACACUUGCGCCAGCGGCCAAGCAAGCACCGGCGGCGAAGGCGGCCCCGGCGCCAGCGGCUGCGACACAGCCUGAGUCCAAAAGCCCGGCAGCUGCGGCCAAGUCAGCACCGGCCGGCACGGCGGCACCUGCUGCAGCCGGGCCCAGCGGCUCCUCGCCGCCCAAGGCCGCCGCCGCCUCGCCGCCAAAGGGCGGCAAGGGCGCGGCGGCCGCCGCCGGGAAAGGGUCAAAGACGCUCGCCAACAUGUGGGCAAAGGGCUCUGCCAAGCCCAAGGGGGCCGCGGCAGUGCCCGCGGCCGAGGCUGAGCCCGUGGCUGCGCCGCCGGCGGUGGUGAAGGCGGAGCCGGUGGAGGAGCCGAAAGAGGAGGACGGCGGCUUCGUUGCGGCCAACCGGGGCAAGAAGCGGCGGGGUGCCCAGAUUGAGGACAGCGAUGACGAGCAGGAGGCGGCGGAGGAGGCGGCACCGGCACAGCAGCCCGCCCCGCCGGCCGAGGAGGCGACAGCCACGGGCAAGGGCAAGAGCAAGGGCAAGGGUGUGGCGGGCACCAAGGAGAACAAGGGCGAGAAGGGUGGGAAGCGGGCCAAGACGGUGGCCGUCAAGGAGGAGGCACUGGCGGUCACGAUGGAGGCGGAGGAGCCUGCGGCUGAGGAGGAGCCCGCGGCGGCACCCGCGUCGGCGCCGCCGGCAUGGGCUACCGCCGGCGCAAGCACUGGCGCUGGCGGCCGCGGCCGCAAGGUGACGCGGACGUACAUCAAUGAUGACGGCGAGGAAGUGACGGAGGAGGUGUUCGAGGACGGGCCGGCGCCGCUGCAACCGCAGCAGCAGCCGGCGGCGGCGCCAUUGCAGCCGGCCGCGAAGGCCGCGCCGCUGAAGCCCGCACCUAAGGCCGCCGCGCCCGCGGCGGCGGGGAAAGGAAAGGGCAAGGCGCCGGCUGCCGGACAAAAGAGCAUGACCUCGUUCUUCACAAAGAAGUAAGGUGGAACGAGGCGUGCAUGCAUGGCCUUACGGCUGGUGACUAGGCUGUGUGUUGCGCUUGCAGAGGCGUGACGUAUCUACUUGCUGCUCUAGAUGGGGCUCGACGCAGUGCCGCAGCGUCCGGGUUUGGAUGCAGGAUUUCAUACAGGGUAGGGUUGGUGGCGCUGUACUGUGCAUGAUAGAAUACGAGGUCAAUCAAGGCCAUGAUGCACCAAUGCGUCGAGCGGGUAUGUGCCUAUUGAGCAUAGGCGCGGGUGCAUCUCGGGCUGUGGAAGACACGGUCGACUCGUGGGUCGACUGUGGACUCGCGACACGGUACGUACUGGCAGGUCCUGGCCCGUUCCCCAGGGUAUCUGCAGUGAUGGUGGCUGGUGUGGGGGCCUUCCUAACACUGCGUCACAUGCACAAGGUACCCUGCCCGUGCGCCCGUGCGUCCAACAAAUUCCUGACUCCUUCGAUGAGUAAGAUCACAGUGACGACCGGCGAGAAGGCGAUGGGACGCGACCAUCCAGCCACGUGGGUUGCAGCUAAAAGCCCGCUUUAUAACCAUGUCCCAGAGGUAUCGGCCCUCCUCGCCGUGAGAGGCCACGCGCACCAGACGACAAGGGGCCAAACCGGCGGGAACUGUUGUGAUCAACUUCCCAAUACAAUAGGAAGGCUGCCGUAUUCAUAACUUGGUUAUGUACAUGUGUAAUUUGAUUCUGCU